AUGGCUUCCAAAAGCCAAGUUCUCGUUCUCUUUCUUUCUCUCCUAACAUUGUCCUCCUUCAUCAACCCCUCUCAAGGUGGCAAAAUGGCCCUGUCCUGGGGACAAAACACAGCAUCGAUUGAAGGCACCUUAGCAGAAGCAUGUGACUCUGAUCUCUACGACAUCGUCGCUCUGGCAUACCUCCACGUGUCGGGAAGCACAAGAUCCUUAAAUUUCGAUGACCAUUGUCCUAACGGCAAUUGCGAAGCCUUAGCAUCGCAAAUUCAACACUGUCAAAGCAAAGGCAAACAAGUCUUGCUUUCUGUCGAAAUAGACAAAUUCGAUGCACCCGAUUACUUGGCAAAGUAUCUUUACAAUAACUUUCUUAGUGGCCAAGAUGGCCCUCUCGGAGCGGUGACCUUAGAUGGCAUCAAUAUUGCAAAUAUUGAUUACAAUUCUGAGCCAUGGGUCGACCUUGUGGAGGCAAUCUCUAGUUAUUCGAUACAAGAGAAAAAGAUUUACAUAUCAGCAUCCCCGCGUUGCGAUAUCACCACCUUCGACAACGCAAUUGCUACUGGUCAUGUAGAUUAUCUCUGGGUUUUAUACUACGGCCAAUAUGAAUCGUGCGAAUAUUUAGGAAAUGGCGACUUCACAGGGCUUAUUAAUUCAUGGUGGAAAUGGACGUCCAAGAAAGACGUGGCUGAUAGCUCUCUGUUCUUGGGCUUAGUAGCGUCAAAUGAUACAGCUGCAGCAUCCUAUGGUUACAUAACACCAGAAGAUCUCAAUUCUAAGAUUCUUCCGAUCGUGAAGGAAUCUUCAAAAUAUGGUGGAGUGAUGCUCUGGAACAGGUACUAUGAUAAGCUAACAAGCUAUAGUUCUAAGAUUGACUACGCUACUGCAUCACAGAGAUUCAACAGUCUCUUGGCCAAAUCUGCGUAA